CCUGGGAUGGGUGGACAGAUGAAUGGGCGGAUGCAGAGGUGGGAGGUGCCUGACUCCGUCCAGAAGCCGGGCACAAGUGAGCCCUUCUACAGAGGCGGCAGCUGCCUGCGUGUCAGGAGGGGUCUGAGGCUUCUCCUUCCUUUGUUCAUUGGAACAUAAGCUCCAUUGGUGGGGAUCCUGGCCAGAAGGAGAGCUCCACCCAAAACAUCAAAGAAGGAGCCCUUGGCUCUCAGAGGCGCUGGGCAGCGAGGGAUGGACAGAGGCCCAGAGCCCAGAGGGAACAGCAGCAGGGGAGAUCGGCACCUCCAGGGCUCCUGUCAAGGAAAUACCUGAUCGGACCCCAAAAUGAGCGAUUACGAGCGACUGCUGGCUGGACAGAAGGCCCCCGUGGAGGAAUGCAGUUUUGGAAAGUGACAGAUCUGGGGGUGCAGCGGGCCAGCUUCCCUGUGCAGGAGGGUGGCCACCAGGAGGGGUGUCCAGGACCAGUUCCCAGCAGAGGGGACCCCAGCCCCUGAGGCCCAGGAGCACAGCCCUGAGCCAGCAUGCAGGAAUGCCAGGACCUGGAGCCCAGCCGUCGCGGUCAGGAGUCCUCCCAGCCUGGAGGGCUCAACACUGGCCUGGUAGCCACAGACCCAACAAGCGUCCGAAGUGUGGAGUCCCAUGGGGCACGAGGGGGUCCCCCGUGUGUAACAGCAGCAUCCUGACAUGCAGGUGGGGGCAUGUGAGGUGUGUGGGUGCACAGAGACCUGGCUGGGGACCCCGGGGCGAGGGGCAGUUCUGGGCACCAUGGGGAGCAGCUACUGAUGCGGCAGCUGCACGUCAGCUGUCCCCUGAGCUCCGGGCACUGGCCACCACCGUGGCACCCCAAAUGCAGACCCCACCAUCCACAUGCUCGGGAUGGGCCCUCACCUCAUGUCCACAGAGCCCAGACGGCAGCUGGACGCCAACUCCACAGUGGCCCAUGCUGGCUGUGAGGCCCAGAGUCACACGGCAGACAAAUCGCACUUCCCUCGGGACACCAACGUCCUUCGGCCAGCACUGGACCUGGGACCUGAGGCACACAGGAGCCUUGGGGCCAGAGCCCAGCUGCCCCCAGAGCCAGGCGCCCAGAGUCCCUGCAGCCCACACGGGAGAGACAGCCAGGCCACUGGCCUCACUCUCCGAAGGGCAGUGCGGGGUCUGUGGCCUGGCCGGGCCCUGGGAGGUCACCCCGCUCCUGUCCUGUGUCCUGCGAGAGAAGGGUCCCGGGCUGCUCAGGUCGGGAGGCCACCUGCGCCCCCUCCAAUCCCCAGGUCAGAGUGGGCGCCUGUCCCCACCUCCCCACAGGUGGCCGAGCUCCUCAGCUCCACAGGGUGAGGCCAAGAGGCCCCAGGGAACCCCAGACCCACAGACAGGGUCUCCCCGGGGGCUCCCGGGCCCUCGCAUGCCGUGGUCCUCGGCUGAGCCCUCCCCUCCCCCGCCACAGAAGGAUUUGGGGCGCAGCCUGGCCCCACCGUGCUGACCCUCCCCGCCCAGCAGGCCCC